UGUUGCUGUGUCAGUUUAAGGUUCGAAAGAAUUUUAUAACCCUAUAGCUGUCUGUUUCCUAAACGAUUAGCGUAUUUAUUUAUUUAAUUGAUUUAUUUGUACUCGUCAACAACACUCUUAGGGUCGAAAGCCAGGUUGAAGAUUAAGAAUUCUUAGAGAAAAUGGCGGAGGUUGCGACACCCGGUGUGGAAAAGAGCCUCGACGACUUCUUUGCUAAGCGGGAUAAAAAGAAGAAGAAAGAAAAGGGCAAAGGGAAAGACGCGGGUCCGGUGAGCGCGCCGGCGGCCGCGGUGAAGAAGACCAGGAAAGAAAAGGAGAAAUCGAUGAAAAACGACAACCAAGAUCCGACCAUUGAGAAGGAGGAUGAGGAAUGGAAAGAGUUUGAGCAGAAGGAGGUGGACUACACUGGCCUGAGGCUUCAGGCUCUGCAGAUAACUGAUGAAAAAGAGGAGGAAGAGUAUGAGAAGGAGGAGGUGGAUGAGAAUGGUGAGAACAUAAUGGUCAGUGGAGAUAAAGUAUCUGGGCCUUGGAACAAAUCUGGACCUCCUCCACCAGCUGCCCCUGUGGAGGAAAAAGAGAUUCCUGAGUCGAAGCCUGCUGGUGUGUAUCGUCCCCCUGGGGCUCGGUUAGGUUCGUCAAAAAAGGUGCCAACACAGGGGCCUCCAGAGAUCUUCAAUGAUGCACAGUUCCCUUCACUUCUUGCAACUGCCAAACACGUGGAGACUCGCAAGGACCGAGAGAUUGAGAAGACGUUUGAGGUGGUCAAACACAAGAGUCGUGCCAGAGAAGGCGAAGGUCAAGGAUCCGUACAGCAUUUACAGUUAGACAACCAGUUUGCAGUUCUUGAGGAUAAAUAAACAACAUUGUCCUCACCCCUCAGCCCACCACCAACGGUGCAGUCCGAACCACAGGGUGAGAUGACCCACCUCUGUGCUGAUGCAGUCCUGAUCAUGAUGGAGAUGCACCACACACACACACACACACACACACACACACACACACACACACACACACACACACACACACACACACA